AUUAGGGCAUGGUUGGAUCGCGAGAGGAUGGUGCUCGAGCUAUGGCGCAUGGGCGUUGUGUGGACGCUCGUUCUGCUAUGCGCGUAUUUCAGGCUCUUGUUCCGGCUGGUGUUUGGUCGCGCCGCCAUUUAUCCUCGCUGCGCGCCCGCCUCGCAUUGCGCUCGAGCUUGCAUCGUCACUGGGGCUUCGUCGGGGAUUGGGAAGGCAACCGCAGAGAUCCUGGCUCUCGAAGGCUAUCACGUAGUUCUAGCUGGAAGAUCACUAGCCAACCUUGAGAAGGCUGCGAAGGAGCUACACAAGACGCAUGAAGAUCUUUUGCUCUAUCCCAUGGAGCUCGACCUGUGCUCAGUGCCAUCAAUACUGAGGUUCGUGAAAUCGGUGGAGGAGUGGCUGGGAGCUACACAAGUCUCGCUCCAGCUGCUCGUCAACAAUGCGGGGAUUUUUGCCGCGACUCCGCAAUGCACGAGCGAUGGAUACGAUCGGGUGGUCAUGACGAACUAUCUGGGGCCUUACAUACUCACGCAAUUGCUUCUUCCGAAGCUUCAAAAUUCCUCGCAUACGGCACGUAUUGUGAAUGUCGUUUCUUUCACGCACAGAUCCUCGCGAAAGCUUCCUUCAGACUUUUGGAAGAUGCUGGGAAAGAAAAAGCUGGACGACGAGGACAACUAUAGAAUGGCAAUGACUUACGAGGUUUCGAAACUUUAUGAACUUUUGUGGACAUAUCAGCUCCAUCGGAAGUACUUGCGAGUUUCAGUCAUGGCAGCUGAUCCGGGGGUAGUCGAGACGAAAAUCCUGAGAGAGCUGCCGUGGUGGCUUGUCCAGUUCGCGUUCAUGAUGCUAAAAGGAGUGUUUUUGCUACAAUCGCCACGGUGCGGAGCGAGAGCCGUGGUUGAUGCCGCUCUAGCUCCCAUGGAAGUCUCUGGGAAGUAUUUCUUCGGUGGAAACGGCUUCACGCUCCCUUCAUCGGCGCUGUCCCGCGACGAGAAACUGGCCAAGCGGCUAUGGAGCCUCACAGAGGAGGCCUACGCGGCAACCAUGGAACGCUACACAGCACCAUCCUCAAAUUUGUUUCGUAGGAGGUAAGAGUCUCGAAGAAAAUCAAAGAGCAUCGUCAAGAAAUCAAAGAGCAUUGUCAAGAAAUCCAAGUUCAUCGUCAAGAAAUCAGGCUCAAAGAGCAUUGUCAAGACAAUUGGCUCGUUUUUUUUU